GUAUCUCUCUCUCUCUCUCUCUCUCUCUCUCUGCCUCCCUCUGUCUCUCUCUCAUCGUCUAAAUCUCCGUUUGCGGUUCUUUUGCUUAAUUUUAGAUGCUUAAACACGUCAUUUUAGCAAAUCAUCACUCUCCGUUCGAAAGAAAAUGAGUAAAUAAUCACUCCUUGAAAGAGCAUUGGGUUGUCCGAUCCACGCAUACGCACGCAUAGCAUUCCUUUUUCUUAGCAUUUUUUUUGGGGCUUGAAGCAGUUGGUUUCUAGGCUUCUGCCCAGGGCCGGCCCUGAAUGGAAAUGCUGUGUUUAUGAAGUUGUUUUUGAGUGAGUGCUUGACUUGUGAGAUUGGUUUGAUUGAUGGCAUCUGGGUUUCUUUUACUCCGAUCAGUUACUGGGUUAUUUUAUUUUUCUCAUCAUUUUUUUUACGUUACUGUUUUUUAUUUUCCUUGAAUCCCUUUUAUUGUCUAUUUAUUCAAGAAUGACUUUGUGCCCGAUUAGGUGGUUGUGUAUGAUCUGUUUUAGUACCCAUCAGAAACUCAGACUGUUUUAAUUCCAUUUAUCAUACUAAUUAAAACCAAAUAAUUCCGUGCAUUUGCUUAUGGUACCAUUUACUACUGUUCAUUUUGAAAUUGAAUCUUGUAGAUUUUAAUGGGUGUUGCUGUAAUGUGGUCAAAAUAUAGUUUACGCCACGAAUUUACUUUCUUAAAUACUCUAUUUGGUUGAUGUAGCUUAACUUCAGUCUUUGGGAUAUUUACAUAUACAUGUUGACCUUCGAAAUGUUGAAAUAUUUGAGAUUGGAUCUUUAAUAUGUGCAAAAUGGAAGCAGGGAAAUGUGGGACUGUUACAGAGAGGAGUUUUGUAUCCAGAAGGAAGCCAACAUUGAAAUACCUCCAUGCCUAUUGGAUGGAGUUAGCCAGAAUGGAGAAGAUCUUUCCUACAUGUUUGAUGAAACAACACCCAUCAAGGCAUGUGGGGAUUUGGCUUACCAUGUUGCGGACGGUGUGAACAUGACCAAGGAAUUACAGCAUUGCAGAGAGACUUCUUCUCAAGGGAAGAGACGCCGAAUGCUGCAGUUUGACAAUGAGGUUUUGGGUUCCCCGUUUUGUAACGAGGAGAUAUCAUCUGUCUUCUUAAAAUCCAAGGAAAGGGAGGAUUCACUUGACGAAGGCCAGGGCUUUGAUAUGUCGCAGUGGGUGUCUGGGUUUGCAGCAGAUACACCUGGAUCCAGUUGUGAGGGCCUGGAUCAGUCAUCUGAGGGGUGGUUAGCUGAUUGCUUCAAUGAUAUUGAGAUGCAUUGCAGCCCUGAUGAUAUGAAUCUGUCUGGGGCAUCGGAUAUUACAAUUGAUACUUCAGAGUACUGCAACACCCCACCUGAAUAUGAAGCUGUUGUGGCUCAAGAGCGUCCUACUCGAACUCGUCGAAAUGUUGUUUUUAAAGGAAAGAAGUCGUACAUGCGAACUCCAUCAAAGUUGGCUUCUUCUGUUGCUUAUCCAUUUGCCUUCAUUAAACCUUGUGGUGCCCAUGGGGAUGUAACUCUAAAGGACAUAAACCAGCGGAUACGCACUCCACCACCCUUGAAACCAAAGCACAGGAACGAAGAUCCUUCUGCCUCAUAUCCCACCUCAGCAUUUUCUGGGAAGCCUGUCGUUGGGAAAACUAAAAUUCACACUGAGGGAGGAAAAGGCAGCAUCACAAUCAUGAGAACCAAAGGCUAAAUCGAUAAGUGUUCUCCUAAUUUCCUUUUUGUGACUUACAAAGUUAUAUCCUAAGGUCAAGUUUUCUAUGUAUCAUUCUCGGCUCCCAUAUAAAAGCGAAUACUUCAUUUUGGGUUGGUGUUAUUCUUGGAAUCUUGGGAGUCAUUAAUUAGGUGACGUGAUUAUGUAUCAAGUGGUUUUGUAGGUGACAAAUACCUGUUGUUUAUAGCUGGGGGGACUGAUUCAAGUGUCAAAUGAGGAUCUUGAUGUCUAAGAGGUCCUUUGACUUCCUUUUUUCUUUCAAAACACUUUGUUAAUGUGUUCACCCAUUUUGUUCUAAUGUGAAGAGCCUGUGUUCAUUUUGUUUCU